AUGUGUAAUCGCAACCUUCAGCAGAAUUUCACCAACUUGCUUACCAUUCUAAGAGAGACCGGCGAGAAAGAACUUCAGUAUCUUCUUGUGCGGUUUCUUCUACAUUGCCACAUGCCUCAAUCUGAGGUAUGGUCGAGUGGUGUGCUCCUAUCGAGAGCAAUAGAAAGUGGAUGUGAGCAGUAUGUAAGGGCACUGCGUGAAGCGGGUUGUCCAGUGCGUCCAUACCAUCUACAUCUUUUGAUGAAAUACUAUUCUCCUUCACUAUUCUGUGAUCUUCUCGUGGAACCCGAGUGCGCUCUCUCUCUUCUCAGCGAAAAUCUGGUUAAGGAGUUGAUUGCCGCUCGGUCUUGGAGAUAUUUGCAGAGGUAUGCAACUUUUUUUAUAGUUGUCUUCCUAGGUUCGAAUAGUAUAGAAUAG